UUUACUGUUUACAAAUUUACAUUUUCGUGUCGGUGUAAAUGAAGUUAUACUAUUAUUCUUUGACUAUUAAUUUUGCAUUUUAUAUUAAUCUGAUAAAUAGUUUAUUUUUCAGUCUUUCGUUGUAAAUUUGUAUUAUCACUUGAUAACUUAAUAAAUUUAAAAUGUCUGAUCUAAAAGAAGAUUCCCUAGGUUAUUCUCAUUCAUCAGACGUGCGAAUAGAAUAUCACAACCACAUAGGAAUUGAAAACUCAAACGAAGAGCAGCCGUUGGCACAAUCGGCGAGUGAUAAGCAAAGUGACGACAGAAAUAGUGUUUUUGACAAACUUCAACACCAAACGGCACUUGUGAAAUAUGACCCAGAUGAAACCCACACCGAUAUCGAGAGCUGGUGUAAGAUCGCCGAUAAUAUACUAAAGGAUAGGGAUCUCAAAGGUACCGAUUUACUGUCAUCCUUAACACAAGCAUUACGCGGGCGAGCUGCUUCUUGCCUAAGACAAAUCUUCUCUGAUAAUUUCACUUGGGAAAUUGUGAAAUCACUAUUGAUUGCUAAAUUUUCAAAGCCAUUGUUAAUGCAAGACUAUUUUGAGCCUAUUAUCUCAUUUAAACUUAAGGAAAGUGAAACAGUACCUGAUGCGGCUGUGAGACUUUGGCAUCUUAUUGAAUCCAUACCAGAUAUUAAUAUGAAAGAAGAAACUAUAGCUGGUUUUGCUAUAGCAGUUUUAUCACAUAGUGACAGUAACAUUAGAAGAGAGUUGGACUCGAAAAUUGUAACGAGCAAAUCUCAAUUAUUUCGCAUAUUGCAUGGUGUAUCAUUGAAACGACAUUCAGAUGAGCCAUACAUUCAUAGUGAAAGUAAACGUCCACACCUUGUAAGAGAUAUUCCUGCAAAAGAUGUUUCUACACAAGAUGUUUCUGCACAAGAUGUUUCGGAACAAGAUAUUCCUGCCAAAAAUGUUCCUUUUCGUGGUAAAUGCCGUACUUGUGGUGAACAAGGACAUAAAUCUUAUGAAUGUGCUAAAAAAUCUUCAAAGAAUAUGAAUGCUGAAAGUCCAAAGUAUCUUGAUGUAAAGAGUCAAGUCCAAAUAUGCUGUACAUGUCAGUCACCGGCACACUUGUCAAAUGUCUGCCCUAUGAAAAAGAAUAAUUUUGACAUAUGCCAGAAAUCUGGGGCUACAGGACAUACAGCCAACAACUGUCUUGAUAAGAAAAUCACAUGCUUUAAGUGUGGGUUACAGGGGCAUUUUGCCAACAAGUGCCCUGAUAAGAACACCUUGUAUGAAACUACAAAUGAAGUACAGGUGUUUAGCAAACCAGCAGACAAUGGUGUUCUGCAAGUUGAAGAUUCAAAACUCGAACAGAUAGCGGCUGAACAACAACAAGAUAAAGAAUUUAUCGAUAUCAUUACUAAAUGGGAGUCUGGAGAACUACCUUUUGAAAUUGGACAAUCAUAUGAUGUUCGGAAUGGUGUACUGUAUCGGAUUGUAGAACGCAACGAUGAAACAUUAUUCCUUCCUGUAGUCCCUAGGUCUCUAAUAUGGUCAAUAAUAGGCCACAUUCAUUCUAAAAUUCAUCAUCUAGGCUAUAUUCAAACGUUACACAGUUUAUAUGGUUUGUAUUAUGCUCCAGGAAUGCGUAAGGCAGUUAAAAAAUUUAUUGAAAAUUGUCCGGUUUGCAAAUCUAAGAAAUAGUACUCCCUGUUCUCGUUAAAUUACUUAGCAUUCCAUACCUUAUGCAAAGCGACCUAACACCUUAAAACACCACCCACAUGGAUGUAAGCGUCGAAUUUUGUGAAAUAAAAUAACCAAUAAAGACUUACGUACUCUACAUAUAAAUAACUAAAGCGUGCAAGAGAAAAUCUCUAAUGGAGGUACAGCCAUAUAGAAAAUCUAAUAUAUAUUUAUUUGCUGAUUCCUUAGCCAAAUUCCGCAAGACCUUUUGCACCAACAAUGGUAGUCUUUAAUAAUGUUUAUUAAUUAUUAAUCAGUGAAUUAAUAAAUUUUAUUAAAAAAUCUGUCUACUUCAAGUUCAUUCUGUAUAGUACUUAAAAAAAUAACUUCUCUGUGUGUUCUGUUUAUUUGUAAGUAGUCACUACUUACAUUUAUAUAUAUUUAGAACUUCCUAGUUCUUAGUUCUGAGGGAAAAGAAAGAGAAAUGGACAAAAACCGUUACAGAAUGGUAUCCAAGAGACGGGAAACGAAGGAAAGGUAGACAGAUUAGAAGGUGGGAGGACGAUUUUAAAAGGAUAGCAGGACCGAACUGAAUGAGGGUAGAUAGAGACCGAAUAAGGUGGAAGUCUUUAGAGGAGGCCUUUGCCGAGAGACAAUUAGUAACUACUUAAGUUACUAGUUAAGCUAAUCUAAGUUUUAUUUAAGUAUAAGAAAAAAUUAAGUCACUAGUAAUAACAAAGGCUAUUUUAUAUUUUAGUUCUACUUUUUAUAUAUUUUGUGUGUAUUAUUGUGAGUGAUUGUAAAUAAACCUAAUAAAUAAAUAAAAAAUAAAAUCUGUUAGUAAGUUUUCACGCUUUAUAAUGAUUGCACUCGGGGGGACCUAAAACACGUAGCUCGCACGAAUUAAACCAAAAUAUGAGGGAGGGUACUGAACUAUAGGAUAAAUUCAAAUUUCAAAAAAAUCUUUAUUCACUGUAAUACUUUAUAAGUUAUUUAGUGCAAGUCAGAAUGAAGUACUUACAAAAGUCACAAUUAUAUUCAAGUAUAUAACAAUAUUCAUUAACAAAAUUUAGAAACAUUAAUUCCAACUAUGUUUAUCAUUCAAAUAAGCUUCCACAUUAUAAUAGGCCUUAGAUGUUAAUUGAUUUUUUACGAUACAUUUAAAGUUUUUAAUAGGUAGUAUUUUAAUAAUAUCAUUUGGGAGUUUAUUAUAAAAUAUAACACAAUCCACUUUAAAAGAAUUGCGAGUUUAUGAGCGUAUAGGAGGUUCUCGUGUAUGUACUGGCAGUGUACAGUCAUAAUAUUAAUUUCACUAAACUUUUCUCUCAAUAAAUCCCUUGAACGCAUUUUAAUAUCGAUGAAUUAAAUAAUGUGAGAUGAUAAUCUAGAAAAGGAGUACCUACCAUAACGCUAUAUAUAACUAGUAAAAUGCUCGCAUAAUGCCUAUAUUUUAUUUACGGUAUGUGUGGAUUGAUACACCUACUGUAUUGUACUUUAAGUGUGUUCACAAUAACUAUAACUAUGUUUUUUUUUAAAUAAUUUAUAUUUUUUCUGAGUUACUCGUAUAAGGCAUUUAGUAAUUGACGUUUGCGUAUUUCGUUGCAUCACUUUGCAUGCUAUUGAAAUAUUUGAAAUUUUUUAUUGAAUAUAAGAAAAUAUCUUUCUGUUUUAAAAAGAGUAACCUUAGAGUUUCUUGCUCGUUCUUCUAUAAGGAAAUCUGCCUUCCAAACGAGCUGUUUAAAAAAUUACAUAUUUCAAGUGUAAUGCAAUUUAGCUACGAAAUAAAAUAUUUUUGAUUGAUUGAUCGAUUUAACGGAUUAGAUUAUAAUAUGCAUAUAGCCCUGUGGUUGGUGACCCUGCCUACUGAGAUAGAGCUCCCGGAUUCUAAUCCCCGUAGGUGCAAACAUAUUAUGAUUAAUUUGUAUGUGUUUCCGAGUCAUGGAUGUUUAUGAGUAUUUAUGUAUGUUAAAGUAAGUAUAGGUAUUGUAUUAAAUAUAUCGUUUUCUUGCACCAUAGUACAGGCUAUGCCUAGUGUAAUUUGUUUAAAAGUACCUAUGUCAGUGUGGUUUUCGUACAUACUGUAUAAAUGAAUUUGUAAUUUAAUACAAUUGGGUGUUUAUAAUCUUAUUUCGCAAUGUAUGUAGUAGCUAUAUAAUAUGCGGACAUGAAAACUUAUUUUUUGUAACCCUUACCGGAAACGUAAACGAUAAAAUUAUUCAGCGCCUAUUUCUGCCGUGAAGCCGUAACGUGUCAAUAUAUGUUUCGUUCUAAAGGGCGCCGUAGCUAGUGAAAUUAUUGGGCAAAUGAGACUUAACACUGAUAUAUCAAGGUGACGAGCGCAAUUAUUGUAGUACGACUGAAUUUUUGGGUUUUUCAAGAAUACUAAGCGGCACUGAAUUGUAAUGGGCAGGGCGUAUCAAUUACCAUCAGCCUAACGUCCUGCUCGUCUUGUCCCUUAUUAAUAUAAAAAUAGCUGGGUCAUCAAUUGAUAUGAUUCUUUUCAAGCGUUCAAUAGGUAUGUAGCAAGAAAUAACUUCUAGGUUUUAUUAUUUAAACCCUUUUUGUGGGUUAUCACAAACGAUUAUGGUUCUUACACUUAAAAUGUUGUUCUAUCAAACAUCAUUGUAUAUAAUGUAAAUAUUCCUAAAUAUGUAAGUACUUAAUGUGAAAAUAAUAAUAAAUUGAUUUUGGUGUGCCCCUU